CUAACAAAUAUAACUCUUUAAGUUUUCUUUGUUUUGUCAUGAAAAAUAGCAUGCUAGUUGCCCCCUCCCCGCCAGACAAAUCUUUAGAUUCCAACCCGUGAACUAAGAAUUCUAUAAUGCUCUAGGCAUACAGUUUGUAAACAUCUGGCUCCAAUAACAACUCUUAUUUCGUGACAAGAAGUUGCCAUUGAUUUUCGUGAGACUAGAUUCGCGUACAUAAUUGCAUUACCAUGGCGAGUAGGGCAAUUCCGAGUGAUUUUGUUAAAAGUGUCCUGCAGAAUGGUGUUGGAAGGCACAUUUGUCAAUUACAAAGACUUACUCUGAAGUUUUGCAAAGAAUCGGGAACAAGUCGAGGCGUCAGAGAUUUUAUAGAAAAUCACCUGAUUGAUUUCACUCGCAGUAAUCCUGGAAUAGUUGUUUACCUGAAGCCAAGACGCCACAGAACACCAUAUCUCGUAGGGGAAUAUUUAAAUACAGAGUCUGUGUAUCUGAAUGUGCACAAGAACGACCAAGAAGAAGUCUGUAAAUGGGUGGAACAUCUGCGCACAAGAUCAGGGGAACCAAUUGUGAGAUUACGUAAAAAAUGGUUCACCAACAACCCUAGUAUUCAAGGCAUUUGGACCCCAUUUACUAAUAAGGACACAAGAUGGAAUAUCGCACAAUUUCCUGAAUUAGUUGAAGAUGAACAUAAGGCUGCUGAAUAUGAAAGUUCUGCUACUGAGGAUAUACUGGAAAUGUUUAGACAAAUGAAAAAUGUUGAAGUGAUUGAGGAAGGAACCUUAGAAAAGGAUGUGCCAAAAUAGAUACUUUAUUGCAGUUUUAUUACAUAAUAAAGAUUCUUAGUACUCAAUCUGUUAUUUCAACAAGCUUCACUCAAGAUAUAAAGUCUUAUUAAGUAUACUUGCCUGGUAAUAACCAUUCAUUUGAUAAACUCGCUGACUCAUGAAGCAAUCAACAACACAGGUUUAUAAAUUAUAUCAUUUGAUCUUUAUUCACAAAAGAUGAGACAUCAAACAAUGGAGUUAUAUGUUACAAUGGUUAAUAUGUGAGACAGUUACAUGAUAGAGUCAGGGCCGUUUACCCUGUUUUCAACAUCACUUAGAGCUUUGUGUUGCUUGAGAAGUCUUCGCCUGUUGAAAUACUGUAUUGUGAGACUGAUGACCGUGACAAGGAUCACCCAAGCGGCUAGAGAGCCACCUAUACCAUUCACUGUCUUCCCAAUAGAUGCUAGCAUACUGAAGUGUUUUUCUGCAAUCGCAAAACCAAAAUUGUGUGAUUUAAAUCAU